AUGAAGCAUAUUUCGAGUUUUUUACGAAAGUUCAUUUGUACUCAUAAAAAUAUGACUGAGGAAGAUUUCACAAUUUUAAAAAAAAAGUUAAGAUAUAAAUUUAGAAGUGUUGGCAUGCUAGAGCUAGAUACGUUAAUAAACAGUUACAUAAACUUGAACAUUAAUAAAAUUGAUAAAGAUAAAGCAAAAUUACUAUAUAAUUUAAUUGAUAUAGAUACAAAUAAUUUAAUAAAGUUGUUUUAUUUUUAUUCAAACAAGGAUAAUCAUAACAUGGAGAAGCUAUCCCAUUUUUUAAAAAAUAUGAAUGAAAAAGAAAUAAAAGAUACGUUUAAAUUAUUAAUUGAUAUUCUUAAUAAUAACGAAAGGCAUACUACAUCACCAUAA